AUGGGGUGUCCAGAAGAUUUACCACCACCAACUUGUGCUCCUGGGCUUGAACUUCACUCACAUACUGAUGACAGUGGAUGUUGUUCACGAACAAUUUAUACAUGUUCUUGUCCAUCAGAAUGCGAUCCAUUGCCAGAUUGUGAUGCAGAGCAUGAAGAGCUUGAACUCGUUGAUUUAGGCUCUUGUUGUCCUCAUUAUAGAUGUAGACGAAGAUGUGUUGCGGUAGAGAAGGAACCACAGAUGUUUGAAAUAGAUGGGUGUGUGUCAGUACAUCCAAUCAAACUUAGUGAAUGUCAUGGUGGCUGUAGGUCUGUGUCAAAGUAUUCUCAUGAAACCAACGCAAUAGAAAAUAGAUGUGAAUGUUGUCAAGGAACCCAAUUUCAAACAAAACAUGUGCCAUUGUCAUGUGAAGAUGGCAGAGAGGAUUUAUAUGAAUAUGAAGAUAUUGUGGAAUGCCAGUGUCUGCCAUGUGAGCCUGGUGUAAUAAUAACUACACCUGAACCCACAACUGCUCCUGAACCAACAACUACCCCUGAACUCGCAACUACUCCUGAACCAACAACUACCUCCGAACUGCCAACAACAGCAGCACCUACAUCUACUAUUUUAACAACUGAAGCAUCAAGAUCAGAAGAGAGUGGAAGUGGAGAGACACUUGCCCCAACUACAGCUGAACCAACAACCACAGCAGCACCUAUAACUGAAACCACUGUUUUACCAACUGAAGCAUCAAGUGAGUCAGAAGAGAGUGGUAGUGGAGAAACACCUGCACCAACUACAGCUGAACCAACAACCACAGCAGCACCUACCACUGAACCAAGCAUUUCAACAACUGAAGUAUCAAGUGAGCCAGAAGAGAGUGGUAGUGGAGAGACACCUGUACCUACUACAGCUGAACCAACGACCACAGCAGCACCUAUAACUGAAACCACUGUUUUACCAACUGAAGCAUCAAGUGAGUCAGAAGAGAGUGGUAGUGGAGAAACACCUGCACCAACUACAGCUGAACCAACGACCACAGCAGCACCUACCACUGAACCAACCAUUUCAACAACUGAAGCAUCAAGUGAGCCAGAAGAGAGUGGUAGUGGAGAAACAUCUGCACCAACUACAGCUGAAGCAACAACCACAGCAGUGCCUACAGCUGAGCCUACAACCACAACAGCACCUAUAACUGAAACCACUAUUUUACCAACUGAAGCAUCAAGUGAGCCAGAAGAGAGUGGUAGUGGAGAACCAUCUGCACCAACUACAGCUGAAGCAACAACCACAGCAGCACCUACAGCUGGACCAACCACCACAACAGCACUUACAGCUGAACCAACUGUCUCAACAGCUGAAACACCAAGUGAAUCAGAAGAGAGUGGCAGUGGAGAUACACCUGCACCGACUACAGCUGAACCAACAACCACAGCAUCACCUACAGUUGAACCAACAACCACAGGAGUACCUACAGCUGAACCAACAACCACAGCAGCACCAACAGCUGAACCAACAACCACAGCAGCACCAACAGCUGAACCAACAACCACAGCAGCAUCAACAGCUGAACCAACAACCACAGCAGCACCAACAGCUGAACCAACAACCACAGCAGCUCCUAAAACUGAACCCACAAGUACUACAGAAUUAAAAACUACAAUCAUACAAACAAGUACAGCUGAACCAACUACCACAGGUUAG